GGCGGUGUCAAGAUGGCGGCGGCUCGCCGGGUGCAGCUGGUGCUGGGGCAUCUCGCCGGUUCCCCCCCGGGGCCGGGCACCAGGGUUAGCGCCGCGCCAUGCGGGAGUCACGCCGGGGUCUCGCCGCGGGCCGCCAGCCCCGACGAUGUGGUGGUGGUGCACGGGCGGAGGACCGCCAUCGCCCGCGCCAAGCGCGGCGGCUUCAAGGAUACUACACCUGAUGAACUACUGUCUGCUGUUAUGACAGCCGUCCUUCAAGAUGUCCAUCUUCGUCCUGAGGCCCUGGGAGACAUCUGUGUGGGAAACGUGCUGCAGCCUGGAGCCGGCGCUUUGAUUGCGAGAGUUGCGCAGUUCCUAAGUGGUAUUCCAGAGACGGUGCCGUGCUCGAGCGUGAACCGGCAGUGCUCCUCUGGCCUACAGGCUGUUAUCAAUAUAGCAGGUGGCAUCCGAAAUGGAUCGUAUGACAUUGGCUUGGCCUGUGGCGUGGAAACCAUGUCCCUCAGAAGUGCAAAUAAUCCUGGUGAUAUCAGUUCCAGCUUGAUGGAAAACAGCAAAGCAAGGGAUUGCUUGAUUCCUAUGGGAAUAACCUCAGAAAAUGUGGCCGAGAAGUUUGGAGUUUCCCGAAAGAAGCAAGAUGCCUUUGCCUUGGCUUCCCAACAGAAAGCAGCAAAAGCUCAGCAGAUGGGACUGUUUAAAACUGAGAUUGUUCCAGUGAAGACCACCAUUCUAGAUAAUCAGGGCAACCAAAAACCAAUCACCGUGCACCAAGAUGAAGGGAUUAGGCCCUCCACAACCCUGGAGGGCUUGGCAAAGCUGAAGCCUGCCUUCAAAGAGGAUGGUAGCACUACAGCAGGUAACGCCAGCCAGGUCAGUGAUGGAGCAGCUGCUGUUCUCCUGGCAAAGCGCUCCAAAGCAGCACAGCUGGGACUCCCGGUCAUGGGAGUGCUCAGGUCCUUUGCUGUGGUUGGAGUCCCACCCGAUGUGAUGGGCAUAGGGCCGGCAUACGCGAUCCCUGUUGCUGUGGAAAAGGCGGGUCUGACUCUGGCUGACAUUGAUAUAUAUGAAAUUAAUGAAGCCUUUGCAAGCCAGGCUGUGUACUGCGUUGAGAAGCUGGGCAUUCCAAUGGAGAAAGUCAAUCCCCUGGGAGGAGCCAUAGCUCUGGGGCACCCACUGGGCUGUACGGGUGCUCGUCAAGUUGUCACCUUACUCAAUGAAUUGAAGCGCAGAGGGAAGAGAGCAUACGGUGUGGUGUCAAUGUGCAUCGGAACUGGCAUGGGUGCCGCAGCAGUGUUUGAGUACCCAGGGAACUAACCUCCAGCCUACUGCCAGAACAACGCAGCAGCUAAUUCUCUGCCUUCACUAGUAAUAGCAAAUGAUUUGCACUGUGAAAUCAAGUGGACUCUGGGAUUCAUGACUAGAUCUACAAAUUUUAGGCACAAACUGUGAAGUAGAAUAAUCCAUAGAGACCUACUGAGCUGGUGGGAAAAUGUUAGAGCCGGCAAAUGGCAGCCUGACAGCAGAAAUGGGUUCAGUUGAGGUCCAGGCACAGGCCCUCGUGUGGUGAUUACAAAUGGAUAUUUCUAAUUUAAUCAAUCCCUUUGUUCUGUGACUACUGUCAGAGAGUAGUAGUUCAUGGUGCAGUAUUUUUGUAUGGCAAAUUGCCUAAAAGUAUCACUCAAAAUGAUCAGUGCAUGUGAAGAGGCUUUCCCAGGGUUGUCUUUAAAAGAUGUCACCAUCUCACAAGAAGCCUGGAGCAGGUUGUUUGAAAGAAGUGCAAAGACUUUACAUUGUUUCCUUUACAACUGCAUCUAUUCCAUCCAACUCAUAAACUGGCUCUGCCCUAAGGUGUCCCUAUGCUGGAGACUGGCUAUAGCUUUCUGCUUCUAAGAAGGCUGCUCUGAAGCCUCCAGGGGGGUAAAGUGGAAGGACUAGAAUGUAAUUCACACAGGAGGUGCCUGAACAGAAAAGUGCUGUUGAACUGCAACAAGCCAGGACUUGAAAGUGGCCUUGCCACCAUUUUUUCCACAGCUCAUGUGACUCUUAAGUUAAAGGAGAGUCUUAUGAUUAAUACUUACUUACCUAACAUAAAACAGAUUUCAGCACUACUCUUACUGCAAGCACUAUACAAACAUCAGUGACAUCUCAGCGCUAAUACAAAUACAUAUUUCAUCUGGUAUAGUU